ACAACAACAAAAAAAAUAUAUGACACAGUGUUUUGACGUUGUAUUAAUUUUAGUACUUUUUGAAUAAAAUAAAAUCACAAAAUAUUUUUUUUCCUCUAUAAAUAAACAAAUUAAAAAUGAAUCGAUUGUUCGGACGCGCAAAACCCAAAGAACCUGGUCCGAGUCUCAGUGAUUGUAUUGCAGGAGUCGACAGCAGAGCAGAUGCAGCUGAAAAAAAAAUUCAUAAUUUAGAUAUCGAAUUAAAAAAAUGCAAAGACCAGAUGAUGAAAAUGAGAGAUGGCCCAUCUAAGAACGCAAUUAAAACCAAAGCCUUGAGAAUAUUGAAACAGCGUAAAAUGUAUGAAAACCAGGUCUCUAACUUGAGACAACAGGCUUUUAAUAUGGACCAGACUAAUUAUGCCACUCAAACUCUCAAAGAUACUCAGAUCACUGUAGCAGCUAUGAAAGAUGGAGUGAAACAAAUGCAGAAAGAAUUUAAAAACAUAAAUAUUGAUAACAUUGAGGAUGUCCAAGAUGACUUGGCAGACAUGUUAGAGCAAGCUGAUGAAGUCCAGGAAGCUCUAGGUCGUAGCUACGGCACACCUGAGAUAGAUGAUGAUGAACUUGCCGCUGAGUUGGAUGCUCUAGGCGAUGAUCUUGCCCUGGAUACUGAUACUUCUUACUUGGAUGACGCUAUUUCUGCUCCCAGUGCUCCGGACAAAGAACCUGGCAUCGCUUCUAUCAAGAACAAGGAUGGAGUCCUGGUUGAUGAAUUCGGAUUACCGCAAAUACCUGCCAGCUAAAUCGAUUUUAAAAUUUAUUCGAAAUAUUAAUUAACUCGAGUCAUUCUAAAAUAAUUGCAAGCUGAACAUUUUAAAUUUAAAUCAAAGUUCUCUAUUUAAACAGCGAUUAAAAAUAUGCUAUUGACUAAUGAAAUAAUUACUAAUUAAUAAUUAUUAAAUAAAAUUAAAAUGUGUCUGCAUAAAAUAAUUAUA